CGACACCCAAUCCACGGCCAGCUUUCGCCCGUGCACGCCUUGCUGCCUGCUAACUGCAAUGGAAAUACUCUACGAAACCCUAAACCCUCUCGGCGCCGCCGACGACGCGACGCCGUCGCAGUCGGAGUUGGUCGUCCUCCGCAACCAGAUUUCCCUCAACACCGAUGGAGAUCCGUUGCCGGAAUCCGCCGCCACGGAUUACUUAUCCCUCGAUGUGAACGAAGCGGAGGACAGGGGAGCUUCGGUUCCAGCAACUCCUCCUCCGCCGUCGCCUCAGUUGGCUGGAAAUUCCACUCCGUCGGUGGAGAGGACUCUGGAGGGCAACUGGUUUCGCGCCAAUUGUCGCUCCAAAAGCCCAAUGCUUAGGCUCCACAAAGAGAUACUUGAUUUUUGUGAGUUUCUAUCACCAACUCCUGAGGAGCAAGAAUCUAGGAAUGCAGCUAUAGAAUCUGUGUCUGAUGUUGUCAAAUAUAUAUGGCCUAGCGCUGAGGUGGAAGUUUUUGGAUCUUUCAAGACAGGGCUUUACCUUCCAUCUAGUGAUAUCGAUGUUGUCAUAUUGGGUUCAAAUGUUAGAAGUCCUCAGAUGGGUCUGCAUGCUCUCUCUAGGGCACUAUCUCAAAGAGGAAUUGCAAAGAAGAUACAGGUCAUUGCAAAGGCACGUGUUCCAAUUAUCAAAUUUGUGGAAAAGAAAAGUGGCAUGGCAUUUGAUAUAAGUUUUGAUGUUGAAAAUGGACCAAAAGCUGCAGAGUAUAUUAAGGAUGCAGUAUCUAAAUGGCCACCACUAAGACCGUUGUGUCUAAUUUUGAAAGUCUUCUUGCAGCAGAGAGAGUUGAAUGAGGUGUACACAGGUGGAAUUGGAUCCUAUGCUCUUCUCUCUAUGCUUAUAGCGAUGUUGCGGGUGGCUUAUUUAGCUGGCAUGCGCCUUUCCUUCCGUUUCGACACAUUUCCUCUGUUCAUCAUUAGGAGUUUUUGGCUGAUAUGUUCUACUUUGCAGACUCACCAUGACGGUCAAGGAUCUCCUGAGCAUAACCUCGGAGUGUUACUGGUGAACUUUUUUGAAAUGUAUGGGUGCAAGUUAAAUAAUGUUGAUGUUGGUGUAUCUUGCAAUGGUAGAGGCAUUUUCUUCCCAAAAAGUAUUAAAGGGUUUUCAGUUGAUGGGCGGCCAUCUCUUAUCGCCAUUGAGGACCCACAGACUCCAGACAAUGACAUCGGGAAAAAUUCUUACAACUAUUAUCAGGCCAGGUCAGCAUUUGCGAUGGCCUUCACCAAGCUAACCAACUCAAAGACCAUAGCCGGGCUUGGCCCGAACAAGAGCAUCCUCAGUUCUAUCAUCAGGCCCGAUGCCGUGCUUCUUGAACGAAAGGGCGGGCCCACCGCCAGAAAGCUGGCGGUCGGGAACUUGUUCCCGGACACUUGUGGUUCAAUGGACCAACCGCUCGGCGACCGGCAGGAUAUGUACUGCAAUUGGCCGUUGAACGAUGAGGAUGAGGAACCGCUGCCACGUGGAAACGGGACUCCUGUUAACAGUGAGGGAAAAUCGGCGGGAAAGAAAAGGAAAGCUGCCAAGGAGAAAACAUCGAGUAAGAAGUUGGCAAGAGCACGUAGGGCCGAAGACAGGCAUGACGAGAAUGACAAAUCUAAUGGUUAUGGUGGCCGACGGCAGCAUUCUCGGUGAUUAGGGUUAUUUCGUCUUAAAAGCCAUGAGUUAAUUAUGUUUCUGUACGAGGUAACUUCAGAUGCAUACCAGGUUUUGAUCUCUCUCUUUUUUUUUUUUUUU